GCAAUGGUUGCCAACGGUUGUGCGAUUGUCACGUAUUCUUUACUUCUCGUAUAAAAAAUCAUUAUUCGAAUUCUAAAAUGUUCCAGUUUUUAUGAAACUUCGAAAAAAAAUCAUUCGUUUAUAGCGCGUUCACGCAGAUACGAUCAAAAUAAAACUUUUCGAACAACUAACCUAUAAACUUAUAAAUCUAUCUGUACUUCUACCGACUUCUACAAGGUGCAGUUGGCGCAACUUGGCGGCUUAAUUAAUUCCGUCGGAAGACGGCACUAUUAUUAUUAUUAUUUUUUUUUCUCGACUUAUCUAUCCUUAUCUAAUAUGAUCUAAAACGCAUAUCUAUUAUUACGUCGUUCCAUAGUACGCGUUCUGAGUAGAGACAAAGGACACGAAUAACAUUGAAUAUAUAUAUAUAUAUCAGAGUUUUUAAUAUUUCGAGAGAUAAACUAUUUUGCUUCAUCGUGUUCAGUCGACGGUGGACGUGAGUAGAGACGUGAGGAGUUGAGGACGUGUCACUAUUGCGCGGUGUAAACAAGGUGUAAUCAGGUGUAAUACGCAUUCGUGUGCGGCACGGACGGCGUGAGGCCACGGGCCACGUUUAUUAUGGCGAUUGCACGCUUUUAGCGGUGAACAGCUGACUCGACGAAUGUUUUCCCGCGUGGUGUGUCAUAACGCGUGUACACACGACUCGUGACGGGUCCUCGUUUGAUCGAUCGUGAGCCUACUGUUUUUGUUGACAUCCGUCAGCCGCGGGAAGAUGUGUAUUGACGUGUCCUAAUGACGUAAUUGGUCGAAGAGGCGAGACGGCUCUCGCGAAUGUCCACGUAUGUACGUGUCAAAUGCGAUCAAUCGCGCGUCUCGUAUAACCGCGUGCCCGAGAGGGCGAUGAGCACGUUAAGGUCACCGGCGUUAUAGGUUUGUAAUGAGGCCUUGCGUUUGAAUUCUCGCCGAAGCUAUGAAGUCCAACGGGAGGGUCGUGUUCCUGCCGCUCCUGGCGUUGUUUCUCUUGAGCACCGCGGAACUGGAGACUGGCUCGAAGAAGCGCGGCGAUAUCACGCAGAAGUCGAAUACUAAUGAAGAGGAGGAGGAGGUCGCGAUCGAGGAUAUCGAGAAUGCCUUCGAACAACUGCGCGAGCUGAGUGCUCUGCGUGACACGAUAAUGAAACUCGUACCGACGUCCGAUCCGAUCUAUGAGAAGAUCAACAAACAGACCGGUAAAAAGGAGGAUGGAGAGAGCAAAACGGAGACCGCCAACAAGGAGACCCUGGAGAAUCCGGGAACAAGAAACGUAUGGAUGAAGACUAUGAUAGCUCAAACAAAAGAUACAGACUCUAUAGUUUUAAACGAGAGACCAAUGGAUGAAGAGGAUUUGGAAUCCUGGGAAGCUCAAGAGCUGUACGAAACGCUCGAGGAGGAUGUCCAAGAGCCAUUAUCAGUGGAACAACAAGCAGCCGAGCAAUUGUUCAAGAAAGCAGAAAGUAUCAUAAAUGCGAUGCGCGCUAACAAAGAAGAGGGUUAUAGGUUGCUCGUUGAAGCAGCAAAGUUAGGCCAUCGUGAGGCAAAAUCUAUAUUGACAUGGGCAAGAUUACUUGGAUCUCCCUUGGGUUCGACUACCCUGGAAGUAGCUAUUAACGACAUACCUAAUAUAUUUAAAAUAUUCAAGGAGCUUGCAGAUACUGGACUCUCGUCUGCUCAUAUGGGAAUGGGAUUUUUGUAUGCAAUCGGUAUUGGUGGCGUUAAUGCAUCUCAAGCAAAAGCUUUACUUCAUUAUACCAUAGCUGCUCUCGGUGGUGACGUUCGUGCUCAAAUGGUGAUGGGAUAUCGUCAUUGGGCAGGUGUGACAACACCGGCCUCUUGUGAACGUGCUUUAGACUUUUAUCGAAAGGUAGCGAAGAAGGUCGCAGAAGAAGUCUCGCUGAGUGGUGGUCCAGUAGUUCAACGGGUUCGACUCUUAGAUGAGCAUGAAAACCCAGGAUAUACUUCCGGAAUUUUUGAUCAAGAUUUAAUAGAGUAUUAUCAAUUGUUAGCCAAAAAGGGCGAUACUCAGGCACAAGUCGGACUUGGACAACUUCAUUAUCAAGGAGGUAGAGGAGUUCCUCUGGAUCACGAAAGAGCAGUGCAAUAUUUUCAACAUGCUGCUGACGCUGGCAAUCCAGUAGCUAUGGCGUUCCUUGGAAAGAUUUAUUUAGAAGGAAGCGAAAUUGUUAAGCAAGACAAUGAAACAGCGUAUAAGUAUUUCAAGAAAGCUGCAGAGUUAGGCAAUCCAGUAGGCCAGAGUGGAUUAGGUCUGAUGUACUUAUAUGGAAUGGGAGUAGAAAGAAAUACUGGUAAAGCAUUACAAUAUUUCAGUCAAGCUGCAGAACAAGGUUGGGUUGAUGGACAGUUGCAGUUAGGCAAUAUGUAUUUCAGUGGCAUAGGCGUGAGGCGAGAUUACAAAAUGGCGAACAAGUAUUUUAAUUUAGCUAGUCAGUCCGGUCAUGUAUUGGCGUACUAUAAUCUUGCUCAGAUGCAUGCCACUGGCACUGGAAUGAUGAGAAGCUGUCCGACAGCCGUGGAAUUAAUGAAAAACGUUGCCGAAAGAGGAAAGUGGAGCGAUCAAUUGAUGGUCGCACAUUCUGAUUAUAGAGACGGCAGAGUGAACGAAGCAUUCCUCAAUUACGCCCUGUUUUCUGAAAUGGGUUAUGAGGUUGCGCAGAGUAACGCGGCAUUCAUUUUAGAUAGAGGAGAAACUGAUAUUCUAUCAGAAGAACAAGGCUUAGUUAGAGCUUUGGCAUUGUGGGCACGAGCUGCUGCACAAGGCUAUUCCGCUGCGCAGGUAAAACUUGGAGAUGCGCAUUACUACGGCAGAGGAACAAAAGUUGAUUAUGAAGUUGCUGCGAGUCAUUACCGUUCGGCAUCCGAACAACAGCACAACGCUCAGGCCAUGUUUAACUUAGGAUACAUGCAUGAACGCGGUCUAGGUUUAGCUAAAGACCGACAUUUAGCUAAACGAUGCUACGAUUUAGCCGCGGAUGCUAGUCCUGAUGCGCGAAUACCUGUAGCACUAGCUUUGAUCAAACUUUCUUUCCUCUUCGGCUUCGAUUACCUACAAGAAUUCAGUUUAGUCGAUCAAUUGGAUAAAUGGGAUCAAUUGCUUGGACAAAACUGGGAUUUAUAUCUUAUUGGAUUUCUCACAGGAAUGCUUAGUCUUAUUAUAUACUUCCGCAGACCGCAGCCACCUCCCCCACCGAGACCUGUUAACUAAAUUUUGUAUUUUCAUUCAUUUUGUUUCAUAUAUAUAUAUAUGAAUAUACAUAGAUUUUUCUAGACUAAGCUUGGAAAGAAUUUUAUAAGAGAUUCAUAUUGGAACAUCGUUUUUUAUAACAUCCUUCCUAUGGCGCAAGUUGAGUAACCUCGAGUUCAAUAUUUCAGUGCGUUAAAUGUGUAUAUAUCAUAGUAAUUUACUUCUAACUCAGAGAUUACUCCUAAAUUUGUUGAAAGUUGUAUAAUGCCAUAACUGAUAAUUGGUGAUUUUUUAAUAUAAAUUACUUUGGUUAGUUCUCGUAUGCUAAUGUGUGGACUCUAAGCUUAGUUCCUAGUUUAUAAAGUUCCAUUAUUAAGCUCACACACAAUGUAUAUCAUGUGAGUAGGAAUAUUGUCCAUAAAUGAACGGGUUUAUUACGACAUAUUUAGAGUUCCCUCCUUUGCAAAACAGUCAAAUUUAUUCAAAUUCACAAUUCUGUAUAUCAUAUUUUCUU